AUGGAGUCCCUAGUAGCUUUCUCCUUCUUGGUGCUUGCCACCAUCUUUGCCCUUCUCUUCGGUCAGAAUGGAGUUGAUUCGGCAAAGUUCACAAUCACAAAUAAUUGUCCGUACACAAUAUGGCCGGCGACAUUGACCGGAGGCGGCCAACAAACUCCGACCGGAUUUGAAUUGGCACAAGGCGCAUCGAAUUCCUUCAACGUAGCCCCUCAAUGGACUGGUCGCAUUUGGGCCAGAACCCAGUGCUCCACCGACCAAGCCGGUAAAUUCUCCUGCAAGACCGCCGAUUGCGGUUCCGGCCAAUUGGCGUGCAACGGCGCCGGCGCAAUCCCUCCGGCAAGCCUAGUAGAAUUCACCUUAGGCGGUUGGCAAAACCAAGACUUCUACGAUGUGAGCCUCGUCGACGGAUUCAACUUGCCUGUCUCCAUAGUCCCCGACACCGCCAAUUGCAAGUCGACGUCUUGCCCGAUUGACGUGAACGCGAAAUGCCCGUCGGAAUUGGCGGUUCCGGACAGUACCGGCGCGGUGGUGGGUUGUAAAAGUGCAUGUGUGGCAUUCAAUCAACCUCAAUAUUGUUGCACCGGAGCUUAUGGUACUCCGGCGACCUGUCCGCCCACAGAUUAUUCAAGAAUUUUCAAGGGACUUUGCCCCGAGGCCUAUAGUUAUGCUUAUGAUGACCAAACAAGCACUUUUACAUGCAACACAGGUGAAACCAAUUACAAGAUCACCUUCUGCCCAUGA